AUGUCGAUAGCGAUCGGGCCGCGUCGCCUUCAGUGUACUCGCAGCCCCCGGGAGCGCGGGAUGGGUGGCGCGCUGCUGCUCGCGCUGCUGGCGGCGGCGCGGGCCGGCGAGCCCAACGCGACCGACCUCACCGACUUCACCGACUUCAACGACCUUACAACCCCUGAAGCAGACCUCGAAGAAAAAACCCCGCUUUUCCCUGAAGACCUUUUCACUGAAGAACAGAGACGCUCCGGGGCAGUCCUGCUCCACGUGAUAGGCAUGGGCUACAUGUUUGUGGCUCUUGCGAUAGUCUGCGACGAGUUCUUCGUUCCAGCGCUGGACGUGAUCAUAGAAAGACUCGCGAUAAGAGAUGAUGUCGCUGGAGCCACUUUCAUGGCUGCAGGAGGCUCUGCACCAGAACUAUUCACGUCCAUCAUUGGUGUAUUCGUCUCGUUCGACGAUGUCGGUAUAGGAACUAUCGUUGGUUCCGCCGUCUUCAACAUCCUAUUCGUGAUAGGUGCGUGCGCGUUGUUUUCACGCACCACACUAUCCCUCACAUGGUGGCCUCUCUUCCGCGACUGCACAUUUUACUCAAUCAGCCUCCUUGUGUUGAUAUACUGUUUCCGUGAUAACGUGAUAUACUGGCAGGAGGCGUUAGCACUUUUCUCGUUAUACGGCGCGUACGUGAUGUUCAUGAGAUGGAACCAGCCAGUUGAGAAGGCGUUGAAAAAGCUGAUAUACAAAAACAAGGUGACAAGAGUUAGGAGUACUGACCAGCUGAUGCCUACGGUAAGCUCGCCCGCACCAACCUGCAUGAUCACUGACGUGGAUUUGGUUUACAUAAAC